CAAGUAGCAGUCCUUUUAUGGGCUCUAUAAAUUCUCCCAACAAAGCUCAGAUUCCUUGCGUCCUUGCUUAGAAGAAAGAGGCAAAUUAAAGCUCGAUCUCUCGCCCUCUCUCACAGUAUUCAUAUAAGCAAGCAUCUUGACUUUGAAAUCCAUUCUUUGAGUUUUAAGUUUUAACCCACAGAUUUCAAGGUUUUUGGUCAUGAAGAUCUGGGCCAUGUUUCGUCUUCUUGCUGCUUUUCUUCUUUUAUCGACCUUUUCAGCACCUGCAAAUGCGAACUUAGAAGGGGAUGCUCUUUACGCGUUGAGGAGGGCUGUGAAGGAUCCAAAUGGGGUUCUUGAGAGCUGGGAUCCGACCUUGGUGGAUCCCUGCACUUGGUUCCACGUUACAUGCGACACUGAUAAUCGGGUUACCCGACUAGACCUCGGAAAUGCAAAGCUGUCGGGCAGUCUGGUUCCCGAGUUGGGGAAGCUCGAGCGUCUUCAGUAUCUGGAACUGUACAUAAACAACUUGGCGGGUCCCAUACCGGAGGAACUGGGAGGAUUGAAGAGCCUUCUGAGCUUGGAUCUUUAUCACAAUAACCUCACCGGAUCCAUCCCUCCCUCACUCUCUAAGCUCUCCAAUCUUAAAUUCCUGCGAUUGAACACCAAUAACCUGACUGGAAGAAUACCGAGGGAACUUACCAAACUUGGAAACCUCAAGAUUUUUGACGUGUCAAACAACGAUUUGUGCGGUACAUUUCCAACCUCGGGCUCGUUUUCUAAGUUGUCGGAUGAAAGUUUCAAGAAUAAUCCAAGACUUGAAGGACCAGAACUGAUGGGAUUUGUUAGAUAUGAUGUUGGAGGAAGCUGCAAAUGAUGUAUCAAUAGGGCAAUAAUGCGUUGCCCAAUCCUUUUGUCUUAAUGUCUCUUCAUAUGAAAGAGCCUCGUGGUUCACUAAUAUAAUCAUUACUUAGUGUUAAUUACUAAACACCAACAAAGCUCCUUAUAUUUAGUAUAGGGAUUUUCAUUUCCAUAUUUAAGAUUCAAGUUUCAACCACUCGUUUUUCCAAUUUGAUGAUGUAAAUUUGCUCCUUUCUUGGAGCUGUCGGGGUGGUUUGGUUUGUGGAUGGUUUUUGUACCAUAUAUAUAUAUAUAGAUAAAUAUGGAAAUAAAGCAGGGAAAAUUUUGAUCC